AAUUAUCCAUUGGAAAUGCCACUCUGGAUAUUGAGUGUGCAUUGGAACGGUCGCCGUACAUCGCAGAAUAAUGCAGCUAUCAAGAUGAUGGAGUACUGGACCAACUCAUUGCAACCCCAACAGCUGGAAGCAAAUUAUCGUAUUCUGUACGCUCAGCUUUUCCGAACUAUUUAUAGUUUUGACAUCUUUCUGGAGACAGAAGGCUCAAUGCAGACGACUAUAGAAUACACCAAGGAAAAGCCUUAUAUAAGUGCAUUUGCAAAACAAUGCCGAUUGCGUCCAUAUAAAUACAUAAAAAAGGGUUCCGUACACGCAUUCAAACAAUAAGGACCUAAAAACAAAUAUAAGAAUAUGGUUUUGUAAAAAAAAAUCAAAAGCAGUUACUAAACAUCUUCACAGUUGCUGUUUAUUAUGUAAUGCAUAAUUGCAAUAAUGCAAUAAAUAAGUAACAUUUAAAUCUA